AAACAAAUCAAACAAAAAUGCAAACAUGCCUUGUAAACAAAAACUGUUAUUUUGUUGCGAAAAGAACGACCAAAAAGAUAUUCGCGAUGAUUUCGAAGUAAAUUUUAUUCGCCAUUUGCCAAUGCCUACCGCAAUGGCCGUGAACAUUGCAACAAAUCGUUGGCACAAGGAAGAAGUUUUGGAAUACGUUGAAGAGUUAGGGAAGCGUAUACGAAAAGAAUGGUUUUCGUUUCAAAAUAUCGCGUUGAACGACGAAAUUCCUACGUUCGAUAUGAAAUACGGCAGAGAAUUGAUUAAUCACUCAUUCCAAAUCAUCAGGGAGUCCAUACAAAUAAGUAUUAACGCAAAUAAAACAGAGAAUUUAAAGAAGAAAGUAAAAGAAAUACUAAAAUGUAUUGUUAAAACCAUUUACCCUGUGAGAUCCAUGAGAAAUGAAUUCGUUAUUAAAUUAACCAGUGAAAAAUAUAACGAUAUUAAUAAUCCCAUUUACCAAUACUUUCAUACAUUCCUCGAGAUACAAUACUACGUUUUGUUACUGUACUUGGUCUGUGACGAGGACAAGAGUGUGCUGGAAAAUAUGUCUAAGAAUUUGAUGAGCAACUUAAUUGAUUUGAGUAAAAUGAGUUACCAAAGGCAGACCAAAAGAGUAUUUGUUUGUACAUGUUUGAAGAACUCUUGGUUAAUCAUUCAGAGAUUGUUCGAAAAAAUUGAGCCAAUCGAAAAUGCAUUUUGGACCUUAUUUAAUAGCAUUAUGGCAGAUGAAGAUCCUCUAUUCUCUAUAUGGUUGUUAGCAGAAGUGGCCUCUUUACAACUAUUUAACGAACAGUGGCAAUAUGAGGGCAACGAUUGUUCGAGGAUUGUACCAAAUUUUGACCUGUUAGAAAAUAAAGUGAAGAACUUCCUUACAGACGCUAAUAGUGAAUUGAUGAUGCAACUUUUUGAAUAUAUAACACCUUUACUCAACAAUUACUGGCUCAAAAAUGGCAACAUCGAAGUAUACCGGAUAAUGUGGGACUUCUACAGAAGGCGAAUGAAUAUCUCCCAUAAACAAUAUUCGAAUUUAAGCGCUGUAGAUUUAUACGAUUCACUGAACAAUAUAGUUUAUUUUCCGGAAAAGUGCAAUGAAGAUUUCGAGAAGUUCACAGGGUAUUUGUUGCAUCACUUGAACGAAUAUCAGAACCAUUGGACUAAAAUUAAAGGGCGUAUAUAUUCCCAAUUGGGAUCACAGAAACUGAAAGAAUUGAACGACAUCGGAAGGGUUCACGUGAUAUUUUUAUUCUCGAGCCUGAGCACAUUGAAUUGUAGCCAAGAUGUCGUAGAUAAGAUUUUAUAUGUAUUCAGAGAGCUAGCUCACGAGCAGAGGAAGAGUCCAUUGUCUUGGAACUUACUUACCUGCUUCAUUUUUAUGCAGGUGAACAAGGGUUUAUCGAUAGAAAAACCUGCAGACAUUUUACUGUCGUGGAUCAGAGAGGCGUGCGGGAGCGAUAAUAAUUUCCAUCUAGUGAAACUCUUCGUUGGUAAUUUCGAAACGAUGUUAAACCACAGCUCGAAUUUGCAAUUACACCAAUGGAUGUUCCUGGAUAAAUGGUUGACGAGUUACUUGCUGUCGUGCUAUCACGCUGAUAUGAUUGCAGGAGUGGAAGUUUUGCUGCGAGUUUUAGAAAGGGUGGAAAACCCGGAUUGUUGGAGUCUUUGGUCGGGGAGGUUUAUCGAAUUUGUUUACCCAGUUUUGAAACAACUCGCCUACGCUUACAAAGCGCCUAGUUCUGUAGGGAAAAUAGCAGGUAAAAUGUACCUGAUGGAGCCGAAAAUGCGCGGGGAAAUUCUAACUUGCUUCACCAAUUUUAACCUACCCAUUGAUAUUUGCCUGAGUUUUUUGGAAAUUAUUUUAGCUGACCACUCGAAGAGGUGUAUGAUAAAUUUUCAGUUAAACACUCCAUUACAGAUUUUAAUUAUACAGUUGUGGUUUAAGUUUUGUUUAGUUUCAACUGAACCUUGUAGGUUUCUGACCGAAAUUGUCACGGAAUUGAAUUACUUCCCUCAGGAUCUUAAGCUACAAUUAAACGCAUCACAAGACCCCAUCAGUACUCUCAUACAAUAUUUAGGUAGCGAUUUAAGCAAUCACAGGCAAAAUAAGAAUAUAAUCGUAUUGUGCGAAAGUUGUUUCGGGAGCAUUGUCCACUGGUUUGAUCAGUUUUUGAAAACUUCCGAAUCUGAUUCAAAAGUUUCACGCAUAUAUUUCUACACUUCCUCAGCUUUCCAGCAUUGCUCCCCGCUGCUUUACAACAGAAACAGCGUCUCCAGUUCUUUAACAUCACUCGUAAAUACUCUACUACUUCCACCCGAUGUUUUACGCGACAAAUCCCCUCGCAAAUUCAUCCUAAACUGCGUCAAAGAGACUUGGAAUUCAUUCUACCAGGGCCUGGCGGUCCUUAAAGACGACUCCGACGCGUUUAUCUUGAGAGUGCUGAAAGAUUUAAUCACGAAAUACAUGCGGUACUUCUCCACCAACGAAUCGCCGCUUUUGAAAGCCCUUCAAAGCGAGACCAUCGCGGACGUCGUGCUGGAAAUCAUUUCGAAUUACUAUUUCAUACAAAGACACCAAGAAUCCGAUAGUGACGUGAAGAAAGUCGUUAAAAUCCUCUGUGAUACCGUACAAAGUACGACAUCGGCGCCGAUUUUGAAGCUCGUCGUGACGAAAACUCUGUAUGGUUUGUUCGAGUUCUACAUACACCAUCAUCAAGGGAAACUGGCUGUGAGUUUGAUCAGCGCGAUGUGCCUUUCGCCGUUGUAUCCGCAAGCGAGGGCCGAAUUUUCGCAUUGCGUAAUGCUGGCAGCUAAGAAAGAAUUGGUGCUCAGCGCCGGCGCGUAUUUUCAGUUGUUACACAUCAUCGCCAAGUUUGUGCCUGGCGAUGUGAGAAAUUUAAUCGGGAAAUUAACCGAGCAAGUGGAGCACGCCGAAAGGCUCAGGGGCGUUGGUUACGAUGCGAGUCUCAGAAAGCAAGUGGAGAUAUUAGAAAAAAUUGUUAAUGUAUAAGGA